AAAAAAAAAAAAAAAAAAUGGCCGAUGAAGCUUUUCUAAAAGAUGUUAGAGUUACUAAGCUCACGAAAGCAACGUAUGGUCGUUGGAAGAUCGAAAUCCGUGAUAUCCUAGAAAGUCAUCGAAUUUGGGAAGUGGCUGCAGGAACGACGCUGAAGCCGAAAGAAAUAAAGACCCAGGACGGUACUGUUGCGAACACAAAGGAAAUUGAUGACUGGAAGGUGAAAGACAGUAAGGCAAGAUCUGUUAUUCGAUCAACUUUAGACGAUACGACGUUUGAUCAGAAGCACUGCGUGAGUUUUUCAGUUAUUCGUGGAAUUCAGAGGAUACAGUUGGCACAUUCGUAGCAGGAUUGAAGGUUAUUGCACGAAAAAUCGAAGCUCUAGAAUCAGACGAUUUUGGAAAUAAGUUAAAUGAAAAAUUGUUGAUGGCAAAAAUUCUAGGAUGUCUACCGAAAACUUUUGAUAGUUUUGUUACAAGCUGGUUGCUUUUGUCUGAUGAAAUGUCUUUAGAUAAUUUCUUAGAGAAACUUGCUAAUGCUGAAAGAAAUAUUACAGGACAAUCAGAUGAUAUAUCAGAAGAAGCUUUCAAAUUACAGUCAAAAUCAGCGGAUGGCAACACAAUAAAGACCACUGGAAAGAAAUUCAAAGUAAAAUGUCAUAAGUGUGGUAAACUUGGACAUUUUAAGCGAGAUUGUUGGUCAAAAGUGGAUAAAUCGGAGAAACGGGAAUCGAAGGAUGUAAAAACAGAAAAAGGAUUAACAGCAUCAUCUGCUUUUCAAUUAAGUGCAGAAAAAGGCAUCAUCGCAGAUUCUGGUGCUAGCGUUCAUCUCACAGGUAAUAUUGAAUGGUUUUUGUCUUUUCAAGAAAUUGUACCAUCACUUACGCUGAAUAUAGCUAAUGGAAAAACUUUGAAAGCGACUCACGUUGGAGAUAUCAGAAUAGAAAAGUCAAUUGAUGGCAAGGAGUGGGAGAAAC